AUGAAAAUAACAGCUGCAGUAAAAUGGGAAAAAAGAAAACCAAAAGGCGUCGAUGAAGAAAAAUGGAAAAAGGAAAUCGAAUGGCAAGAAAAAAUAAUAAUCGGCAUUUUCGAAAAAAAAUACAUUGUUGUCAAAUCGGAAGGAAUUUUGAGCGGAGAAGAAAUGGAAGAAAAAUAUUAUGUGGAGACUUUUGAACUCACAUCAUCUUCCAUCGAUUUUUCUGUUAUUCAGAAUGUUGAGAGCAUACUUCGGUUUUUUGAGAGCAGAGGAAUUGAAUCAGGUUCUUUUAUUCUGACUGAUGACACGCUUUUCAAUCCGAAAAUUAUGUAUUUCGAAAAACACUACAAACUUGACGCAUUUGGAUUUUGUUCAUUGGAUCGAGAACGGGUUACAUUCACAUAUCGGAACAUUUCGAGGGUAAGAUUUAAUUAAUUAACUUAUUCAAAAAAUUACAAUUUUUUCAGAAUUUCGAAUCUACGGAAAUUCAGUUCGAGUUUGAUAAACCAAACAUUGUGAUUGCUCGUGCAAUUCGUCCCGAACAAUCUACGAAUCAUGGAAGGGUUUUCCAUAAUGUUGUCACAUAUACUUUACAAGUAUGUUUAUUUUAAUCGAUGUUUUUUUUCAAGUUUCAUUUAUUCAGGUACACCGACAAACAAUUACGCGUAUAAUAAUCGAUAAAAAACGGAUAUAUUUUCGAUUGACAGCUCCAGUUGUUAUUCAAAAAGGAAAACUUUCAAAAAAAGAACAAGAGAAGAAUAGAAAACCAAGAUUUGAUAGAACAUUGACAAUUGGCGAUGAUACUCAUAAAUUGUUAUUCAGUGAUUCAGAAUGGUUUUAUUUGGCUAUUGACAGCUUUAUUCAGGUUUGUGAAUAUUUGAAAAAUUCAAAAUUAGCAAGAAUUGUUUUUGUUUUUCAGGAUGACGUCUUCUACAAUAUUUUGUCGCGGUUUCAUUUUCGUGUCGAAGUUCCGAUUGAAUUUACGCGAUUGAAAAAUAAAAUAGAUGACGACACACCUGUGAAUGGUACUGAUUAUAGCUAUUGGAAUAAGAAUAAAGAACCAACUGAUAUGGAUGAUCGAUUUUUUUCCAGGUUUCUGAAACAAGUACGUAUUUUGGAAAAAAAAACAAUAGGGUUAAGAAUAACAUUAUUUUAUUUAGGUUUUCGUUACUCAUAGAGUUUUGCAAGAAAGCGGUCGAAAUAAAGGAGCGGAUAUUAUGCGAGAGAGAAGAUUUACUUAUGUUUAUCUUAUUGAAUGUCUUUUAUCCAGAGGAACUUUUGUGAAAAAUCAACUAUUGAACGAUAUAAACGAAUGGUUGUAUUUUUUACGAAUAAUUGAAAAACAUUUCAAAGAUGAUAAUAAUCACAAUGUUAGUUAGGAUAACUUGGGUUUUUUCAAAAUUCAAUUUUUCAGUUUUGCGAAUCGGCUUUGGAAGAUACUAUCAAUUAUAUCGAUAGUGGAAAACGUGUUGGAAGCAUUAUUGAUUUAUUCGAAAAUUUUUGCAUUCAACGAAAAUUAUCAGGAAAAAGCAAUCAAUUAACACCUGAACAAUAUGAUGAAGGAUAUAGAAAAGUUAGAAAAGUAUGUUGAACUUUAAAAUGUCCAAAAAAAGACAAUUUGUAUUCAGGUAGUCCUUACUCCAACUCGUAUUAUUCCAAUUGUUCCUGAAAUAAUUAUGGGUAAUCGAGUAUUAUCAAAUGGAGAUCACGAUGGAACACGAAUUAUUCGAGUAACAUUUCGAGAUGAUGGAAAUCAACCAAUGAGAAGAAUUGCAUUGGGAGAACAACUAUUACGUGAAACUGUCAAGAGAUAUUUGUCGAGUGGUAUUUUAGUGGCUGGAAGAAGAUUUGGAUAUUUAGGAAGCUCGAAUUCGCAAAUGAGAGAUAAUGGGGCUUAUUUCAUGGAAAAGUUUGUUUUUUUUUGUUGUGGUUGUAAUAAGUUGAUUCAAGUAGAAAAAUAGAAUCCAAGAAAAAUGGAAUCCUUUUGUACAUGAAUCAUCCCUUGAAUAUUUCAAAAUUCAAAAAUAAUUUGCAGAUGUUCGGCACGCGACGAACGAUAUUUUCAGGAAAACAAUUUAUUGAUACCGGACGAUUUUAUUCCGAAAAUUAAGAAAUUUCGAAAAUCAUUAGGACGAUUUGAAGACUUGGAAAGUAUUCCAAAAGUAAUGGCACGACUUGGACAAUGUUUCACACAAGCUCGAAGUUGUCCUGGUGCACAAUUAAGUCGAAAUGAAUAUUUGGUGAUAUUUGAUGUUAUUGGAGGAAAAAACUCUAAGCGGUUAGUUUGAAUCAGGGAUAUGUUGAAAAGUUGGGAAUUGUUAUUAAACGUUAACCGAAAAAUUAUAAUAAAAAUCAUAUAAAGUCAAGAAUCGAUAAAAUUUUGGAAAUAAAAUUCGAAAUAAUUUCUGGGGAGAAAACAAUCGUGCAAUUCCAAAAAUUUUGAUAAAAUAUCCUGCACCAGUCUUCAAAACAUGUUGAAAAUCGAUUCCAACCUCAUACAAAUUUACAGAGAGGCCUAUACUUUUACUGAUGGAAUUGGUGUGAUUUCUCAAGAAUUGGCAAGUGCAGUAGCUGGUAAUAUGAGUUUUGGCAAGAAUUGUAUCCCCAGUGCCUUUCAGGUUUGUUUUGUUUUUUUCCCAAAUUUUUUUCAAGUCAUCUGUUUUUUUUAGUUUCGAUAUCGUGGAUUGAAAGGAAUGGUAGCUAUUGAUCCUUUUCUGGAUGAGGUUGCUAAACAUUUUCGAAACCUCUAUCGCCAUGGAUAUUUUAAGCCAUAUUCUAGAAUAGUUCCCGAAAACGUUGAGAUGACACAAGCCGAGUAUGAUUUAGAACCAUGGACAUAUCGAGCAUGCUUCAGACCGUCACAAAUCAAAUUUAUAACAACAACGAAACCAUGUCCAAUUGAAUUGGUCAAAUAUUCAUCUCCGUGUGUUGUUGCAUUAAACAGACCACUUAUUAAUGUUAUGGAUCAUGUAUCAGAAAAUCAGUCACGUGCAUGUCAUAAAAGAAUUUGUGAACGAAUCGAAGAAUUGCUCGAUGAUCAAUUAUUAUCAUUUUUGAAAUAUAUGAAUAACGAGGAUUCGUGUCGAGCAAAACUACAAGAAAUGCCAAGGCGUGUACAUUUUGGAUCAUUGAAGAAAAUGAGUGGAUUCAUGUUAUCAACGGAGCCAUUUUUCCGAUCAUUGGUUAGAGCAGCAGUUGCAGUUAUGUUAAGUUAGUUUACAAUUUUAGAUGAUUAUAGAUAUAUUUUUUGCAGGUAAACUCUUACGUAAAACUCAAAUUCAAAUUCCACCUCAUCUUGGUCGUUCAAUGUUUGGUGUAACUGAUGAAACAGGCCGUCUUCAAUAUGGUCAAGUAUUUGUUCAAUAUACUGCAAAUAUUAACGAUAAAACACCCAGUAAAACAUCGAAAAGAAUAAUUCAAAAAGGCCAAGUUCUUCUAACAAAAUGUCCUUCAGUUGUAUCAGGAGAUGUUCGAAUAUUUGAAGCUGUUGAUAUUCCCGAAUUACAUCAUUUAAAUGAUGUUGUUGUUUUUCCACAACAUGGUCCUAGAUCAAAUCCAGAUGAAAUGGCUGGUUCUGAUUUAGAUGGAGAUGAAUAUACUGUCAUUUGGGAUGAACAAUUAUUAUUGGAAAGAAAUGAACCUGCAUUCAAUUUUACGUCAGAAAAAAUUAACCAAAAGUUCGAUAUCGACAAUAUGGAUCCUUUAAUGCAUGACUUUUUCAUUGAAUAUAUAAUUCAAGACAGUGUUGGAGCAAUCUCAUUGAAUCAUUUAUAUCAAAGUGAUCAAUUUGGUAUUGAAUCUGAAGUUUGUGAUAGACUUGCGACGAAAUUAACAAAAGCACUCGAUUAUGCGAAAUCAGGAGAUCCGCCUGCACAAUUAACAACAAAAUGGGAAAAAGAUCCAGAUGAUCCCGAAAUUGUUUAUGCACCCGAAAGAUCUGAAAGACUUCCCGAUUUUUCAGCAAAUCAGGAUAAGAGUUUAGCAAUGUAUACAUCUUCGAGACUUAUCGGAAAACUAUUCAGAGAGCUCAAAUCUCUCGAUGAUGUUUUGAAUUUAUCAGAUGGUUUGGAUUUGGAUACAAUUGAACUUGAUCCGAUGAUUGAAAUAUAUGGAUGGAAAAAAUAUGAGAGUGUGGCUAGAAUUGAAAUGGAAAAAUACAACUGGCAAUUGAAGGUUGGCUUUUUUUGUUGAAUUUUUUAUAUAAUUAAUUGUAAUUUUUAAUUAUUAUUUCCAGUCAAUCAUGAAUAAUUAUGGUAUCAAAACAGAGGCGGAAGUGUUUUCUGGAUCAAUUCUGAAUAUGCGAACACGAAUUUCCGAUAAAGAACAGGAUGAUAUGUCAUUUUAUAAUACUGAAAAUGUUAUCGAAACUCAAAUGAGCACAUUGUUCCGAACUUUUCGAGAAGAUUUCUUCAGAGAAUUUGCGAAUAAUCCGGAAGCACCUGAAGCUUUUAUGACUGUUACAGAACCAGAAAAUUGGAAAUGGGGUAGAAUUGAAAAUGUUUUAAGACGAGUUUGUCUUGCACCAAGUACCGAAAUGAAACAAAAAGCCGUUGCUUAUUAUAAAGUUUGUUAUCGUAAGUCAUAUUUAAUUUCAAGCAGAUUUGGAAUUAAUAAUUUCAGAAACAUGCAUUGAUAGUUCUGACAAGAAAAUGUUAUCAUUUGGAUGGAUUGCUUAUGAUGUUCUAAAUGCUGUUCGAACUGCUGAAAUUGUAUCAAAUGAUGAUGUUGAAUUAAAACCAGUUGGCUCGAAUCCUUUAUAUUCAAUGAUUGAGAAAAAUCGCAACGAGUUUCUAUUGUCAAAUCCGAGUGUUGUAUGUUUUUUUUAAUUUAUUAUUAUCAUUUUUUUUUGAUUUUUAGGUAAUUCCAACGAGUGCUGCUGACAAGUAUUUGUCUCACGAUUUACGCGAAGUGUUAUUAGUUUUGGUGAAUUGGGCGAUUGGAAACAAAGUAUUUGAACAAAGUCGAGAAAAUAGUGGAAGAAAAUUUGGUCUGAAAGAGUUUCCAUUGAUUUUUGUUCAAUUUGUUAUGCAAUUUGUGAUACACGGAAAAACUAUCAUCGAUGAAAACUAUAACAUUGAAAACGAAAACGAUGAGGAAAUAAUAACCGAAACAGAGAAAAAUCAAUUAACACUCGGAUUUUUCCAAUUUUUAUCAUCAAGAAAGUUUCGACGACAGAAAUAUUUGUCAUUUUAUUCGGUCGGAGUUAAAUCUGUUUAUAUGCGAGGAGAAUGGUUGACACUGCAUAAGGUAUUCCAAUAACUCAGAAAUUCUGAAUCUUCAACAAACAUUUUUAGGCAGCCCAGAAAACGUAUUACAAAAUGUUGAUAAAUCUGAAAAUGGAGGAUUUCCCAGCAUCAGCAUCUGACCGAAAUUCGAUGAAUCUAAGUACGAAAGAAAUCAAUCCAUUUUAUAUCGAAUUACCAUCCAAAGAAGAUAGAUUAAUUAUUGAAAAGAUGCUAUUGAAUAAAUCAAAAUGUGUGGAAGUUCAUAUGCGAAGAAUUUCCGAAAAUUUGGAAAAUAGUGAGUUAUACUAACUCUUGUAAACCGGAAUUAUUGAUCAAAAACAACAAAAUUGAUUGCAGCUCGUUAUUUGAUUUCUGCUCGUGGAACUCCAACUUCAAUUCAAACUUUGCGACAACUAUGCAUGGUAAAAAUACCAAAGUAUUCGUGGUGUCUUGGAGAAAACCUAUCAUCCGAAAUAUCGAAAUUGUGUUAUUACAAACUUCGUGGAAAAAUCGGGUAGAAUAUCAGGGAAAAUGUUAGUUUUGAAAGUAAUUUAAAUUCGCUUAUUUUGAUGUUUAUUAUUUACAGAUUAAUCGAUCUUGUCAAAUAUAUAUGCACGUGUAAUUAUUAA